UCCAUCCACCGCCUGCCCCAGCCCAGGUCCCCACAUCUUAUCUCCCGCAGGGCAACACAGUGCAGCUGCCCUCCCCGCUCGCUGUUAACUGCCAUUUCCCACCGAGACCGAGAGCUCCCAACCUCCCUCCUGUAGCCAAGCCAAGGUCUCAGCUCCUGAGCGACGAGAAGCAGCAGAGGCGAACCGGUUAGCCGUCGUGUUCGAUCAACAGACAAUCCGCUGUUGCGCCGCCGUCUGUUCCCUCUCCCAGUGCGUGCUCACCUCCAGCAGGCGUGCCCUGCUGUCCUCUCCUGCUUGCCGCGAGCCCCCCUGUCGUCCACCGAGCUCCCGGCCCAGAUGUCCGACGGCAACGAGUUCGCCGAGCUGCUAUGGGAGAACGGGCAGGCAGUGGUGCACGGCCGGAGGAAGCAGACGCAGACUUCGUUCCCGCCCUUCACCUGCGCUGCUGCCAGCAGCAGCCGGGCUCAAGAGAAGCAGCCGGGAAGCGACCCCGUGGCGCUGUUCAAGACGGGAGGUGUCUUCGGCGCCGGUGGAUUGGUAACAUCGGUUCACGACUUCUCUUCCGGCCUAGACGCCACCCGUGACAACGGUGAUCUUGAUGAUACCGUGCCCUGGAUCCACUACCCCAUCAUCGAGGAAGACAGCGCCGCCGCACCUGCCCUUGCAGAGAGCUACAGUCCAGAUUUCUUCUCGGAGCUCCAUGCAGCGGCAGCGGCGGCAGCAGCGACCAACCCCAGCUCUCUGCCGCCGCCUAUCCAGCACACCACCAACAACAGAAGCACCCCGAUUGCCACCACCAGCAGAGAACCAGAACCCUCGAAGGAAAGCCACCGCAUGCCAGUUCCAGGUCCAGCCACCAGGCCUGAACCACCACAAGCCGAGUUCGCGGCCACCAAGCAGACUCGGCUGGGAGGCGGCGCAGAGGGCUUGAUGAACUUCUCCCUCUUCUCUAGGCCGGCAGCCAUGGCGCGAGCAAGCCUGCAGAGCGCACAGAGGCCACCACAAACAGGCACAGACAAGGCGUCCAAUGUCACCACGAGUACCCGCGUGGAGUCCACGGUUCUCCAGUCAUCCAUCGGGCCAAGAACUACUCCUGUUUUCACGGACCAGAGGACGGCGUGGUCACAGCCCAAGGAGGUGCGGUUCUCAUGCACGGCAGCGCCAACCGCUGGUAACCUGCAGCAAGAGAUGCCCCGGGACAGACUUGGCAGCAUGACUCUGCAGAAACAGGUCAAGACCAGGAAGGAGCCUGAGGCCGCAGUCGCUACUUCGUCAGUCUGCUCCGGCAAUGGAGCUGGAAUAGGAAAUGAUGAGUCCUGGCGCCAACACAAGAGGAAGAGUCAAGCCGAGUGUUCUGCCAGCCAAGAUGAUGAUCUUGAAGAUGAGUCCGGUGGUGCCAGAAGAUCUGGCAGCAGAGGCACGAAGCGCAGCCGCACCGCCGAGGUGCACAAUUUGUCAGAAAGGAGGAGAAGAGACAGGAUCAACGAGAAAAUGCGCGCCCUGCAAGAACUCAUCCCCAACUGCAACAAGAUUGACAAAGCCUCAAUGCUAGACGAAGCGAUUGAGUACCUCAAAACCCUUCAGCUUCAAGUUCAGAUGAUGUCCAUGGGAAGUGGGCUGUGCAUUCCUCCAAUGCUGCUGCCACCAACCAUGCAGCACUUGCAAAUCCCCCAAAUAGCUCAUUUCCCUCAUCUCGGCAUGGGAUUGGGGUAUGGGAUGGGUGUCUUCGACAUGAACAGCAGCCCAGCGGUUCCCUUUCCGUCCAUGCCUGGUGCUCACUUCCCUUGCUCGAUGAUCCCAGGCACGACAGCACAAGGUCUUGGGAUGCCUGGAAGAAACACGGUACCAAUGUUUGGACUUCCCGGACAAGCAAUACAUCCAUCAGCAUCUAGUGUACAGCCAUUCCCAUCUUUGGCUGGCCUUCCUGUUAGGCCAAACCUGGCCCCUCAAGUCUCAGCAGCCAUGGCUAACAUGGUGCAGGAGCAACAUCAAGACGUAGCAACUCAACAGCAGCAGAAUAUGAAUAGUGAAGCUCGACAGGGAACAAAUACAGGAGAUCCAGAAUUACAGACCAUCCUGCAGGUUGAGAACCAGCAUUUUAGUGUACCCUCAUCAGCACAAACAGAAAGUGGUCCGUUUCUGGAUAGUGGCGGCAACAGGACUGAUACUGCAGGGAGAAAUGGGGCUGAAAGAUAAACACCAGCCUGUAAGUCUAAGUGUGUGACCUGACUCCAGUGCUAAAGUUUAGUGAAAUUACUGGAUUUUGCACAAAACUCUCAUGGUGAAGUACACAGCUCAUGAUUUUUCAGGUCCCAACUAACAAGCUCCAUAUGUGAAAAUUAGCUAGUCAUCCUGGAACAACUUACCGUGUUUCAAGAUCCACGAAGCUGAUCUAUCACUUGACAAGAGAGCCCAAUCAAUCGAGAUGGAAUUGUUGGCAGGAGGCCUAGCUUUAGUGAGCUAAGAUGCUCGAAAGUUUUGUGUAAAAUAUAGAUGGUAGGUGCAACCUGGUUACAAGCUGCAAGUCUUAACAGCCAGUGCAGUUUUCCUUGAGUAGUUUUUCUUGCUUCACUGAAGUCUUCUUGGAUCAAUAUGUCUUAUUUUCCAAACAUAUUAUGGAAUCAUAUGCAAAAGGAUCUCAGUUACCA